AUGAAAUACAUGUAUGCCUUAUCUGGCUCUGCAGAGGGCUUUGCAAAGGGCGUAACGGGAGGAGGAUCUGCCACUGCGGUGUACCUACAACUACCGAUGAGCUGGUUUCAUAUGAUUUCACUGAUAUUGAAGGCACCACAACUGCCGCCGGAUGCACCCUUGGGGAACUGCUUCGGCCUGCCAGACGCCAUUAAUCAGAAUGACUGGCGCACCAGCUACCAGCCGGAUGCUCCAUCGGUGUCCGUGACAUAUUAUAAUGCCGGGGCGCUUGACAUCACGGUCGCACCGGAUAAAACACUCAUUGGCUCAGGUUCUAGCGGUAUAAUCAAGGUUAAAGGGUUGAGAAUCGUCGGCGGCGCGACCAAUAUCAUCAUCCAUGAAGUAGCUGAUAUUUUCUCGUUCAAAAAUAUCGCCAUUACAGACAUUAACCCCGGAUAUGUUUGGGGAGAUGCAAUUUCUAUUGAUGAUGCCGAUCUGUUGUGGAUCGACCAUGUUACGACUGCCCGCAUUGGUAGGCAACAUUUGGUGCAUGGAACAUCGGCGGACAAUCGUGUGACAGUCUCCAAGCCCUACUUUGCCGGCGUCACUAGCUAUAGCGCGACCGGUCGUGCUCCUAAGGUCCAGGGUAACACCCUUCUGCACGCGGUUAAUAACUACCGGUACGACUCCAGUGGUCACGCUUUUGAGAUCGGUUCUGGUGACUAUGUUCUUGCCGAAGGGAGGCUGUUCACAUCACCCUCUACAAGCGAAAACACCGUUUGCGAAACAUAUCUAGGCCGCGAUUGCGUGAUAAAUGGUUUCGGAAGUUCUGGUACCUUUAGUGAAUCAGAUACUGGGUCCUUGAGUGACUUUGAGAGCAAGAAUCUCGCGAUCGCUUCGGCGUAUACUGUUGUGCAAACCAGCGUACUUUGA